AUGGCCAAAUCAAUACGUGCUAGUAGUCAUAUAAAUGCUAAAGCAGUUAAGAGACGGGGAGUUUUCCAAAAAGCUGUGGACGCACGUGAACAAAGAAUAUCAAAUAAAUUAAAGGAAGAUUUACUGAAGCAGAAAUUAGAAGAUCUAAAGAAAAAGGAAGAGCAAGGGAUUAACAUGGAUGUUGAUGAAAAAAAACCUGUCGAGGAAGCUCUCAAGAAGAAAAUAACAACUUCUGGUUGGAGAGAUGGCAGACAUCACGUUUACAAGAAGGCUAAACUCAUGAAACAAUCCAAGAAAAAGACUUCUUUCACUAGAUUUUGA